AUGUUCUCUGGCGCAAACCAAGCGCCCAAAAAACACAAAACAUGGGAUGGAGAUGGGAUCCUCUCUACCCGCGGAGAAUUCGUCUAUCUACGAGACAUUACCGGAAAGGAGAUGGGACGGAAGGUGCACGAAGCGCACCUCGAGCCGGGAGCAACACUCUCUAUCUCUGGCAAAGAGGUUGAAGUAGAUUCUGAGAUAUCACGAAAGGAAUAUCUCUCUGGAAGAAGGUUCUUGGAAGACACGAAGCCAGCACCUACCUCUACGCCGGACCUGGUCCCCACACCCAAGAAAGAAGCCCUCCCCGCUCGAAAGAAGGGCGAAGUACGCAAGCCUACAGCCGCGGAACGCACACAGUCCUUAAAGCGCUCCCUGGCUCUAGUUACCAACCCCAAUGCGAACCCUGGAACCGCACCGGGGGCGUUUGCGGCUUAUAAGGCGCCGUUGCUUGUGAAUACGGUUACUCCCAAGGUUAUGGGAAAAGUCGUCCCGCGUCAUGAUCCCAAGGCGGCUGGCGCGUUGGUUAUGCCGCGGCCGAAGUCUGUGCCGAAGGGGAGGCAGGUUGUGGAUGUUGUUGUUGAUCCGCUCUUGACCAAGAACUUGCGGCCGCAUCAGCGUGAGGGUGUAAAGUUCUUGUAUGAGUGUGUGAUGGGCAUGCGGUCGUUUAAUGGAGAAGGUGCUAUCCUCGCGGAUGACAUGGGCCUGGGGAAGACUUUGCAGACUAUUGCGCUGCUUUGGACUCUACUCAAGCAGAAUCCUAUCUUUGAAGCCCCGCCUGUUAUUAAGAAGGCUUUGAUUGUGUGUCCUGUCACUCUUAUCAAUAACUGGCGGAAGGAGUUCCGCAAGUGGCUUGGCAAUGAGCGCAUUGGAGUUUUUGUCUUCGAUGAUAAGAGUAAGCGUCUUACAGAUUUCACCAAGGGCCGGGCUUAUAGUAUCAUGAUUGUUGGAUAUGAAAAGCUCCGAACGGUCCAGGAAGCUUUGGCGAAUAGUUCUGGGGUCGAUAUCAUUAUCGCCGACGAAGGCCACAGGCUCAAGACAUUGCAGAACAAGAGUGGUCAAGCGAUCCAGUCGCUCAGCGCCGUGAAGAGAGUCAUUCUCUCCGGAACGCCAAUUCAAAAUGAUCUGAAAGAGUUCUUUGCAGCCGUGGAUCUUGUGAAUCCAGGUAUCCUUGGAAGCUUCAAGUCCUUCAUUCGGGAGUUCGAAACUCCAAUUGUUCGCAGCAGACAGCCAGAAGCAACAAACAAGGACAUCGAGAAAGGGGAGUCCAGAGGCGAGGACAGACAUCCUGGCCAAAUACCUCCCCCUAAAACCGAAUACGUCCUCUUCUGCAAACCAACCCGCCCUCAAGCCAACAUCUACAAAGCUGUCCUCGCCUCCCCAAUCUUCCAAACUGCAAUGGGCAACGCCGAAAGCGCCCUGCAGCUAAUAACAAUCCUCAAAAAGCUCAGCAACAGCCCUUCCCUCCUGACAGCCAAAAACAACAACAACACCCCCAACGAAACAAUGACCGCCCUCAUCGAAUCCAUUCCCCAACCCCUCCAUCGCCACCUAUCACCAUCCUCCAGCGCGAAGAUCCGCGUCCUCGACCAACUCCUCGACACGGUGCGCAAUAAAACAGACGAGAAAAUAGUCCUCGUCUCAAAUUACACUUCAACCCUCUCCCUCCUCGCAACCCUCCUCACCUCCCUAGGCCUCCCCUACCUCCGUCUCGACGGCAGCACACCAGCCCAGAAACGUCAAGGUCUGGUAGAUGACUUCAACCGCCUCCCUGCAAGCUCUUGCUUCGCAUUUCUGCUAUCCGCAAAAGCAGGUGGCACAGGUCUCAACCUCAUUGGUGCUAGUCGUCUCAUCCUCUUCGAUGUAGACUGGAACCCGGCAACGGAUAUCCAGGCCAUGGCACGUAUUCACCGUGACGGCCAGAAACGGCCUUGUCGCAUCUACCGUGUUCUGCUCAAGGGUAGUCUUGAAGAGAAGAUCUGGCAGAGACAGGUUACUAAGCUUGGUCUGGCCGAUAGUGUUAUGCAGGAGAAGAGGGCCAGUAAUGGUGGUGCGCAGUUCUCCGCUGCUGAGCUGAGAGAUUUGUUCAGACUUGAUGAGGACAGGGCUUGUCAGACGCAUGAGUUGUUGGGUUGUCAGUGUGGGGGUCGGGGUGUUCAGGCUGAUUCUGGGGCUGUGACGCCUGCUAAUGUUUAUGGUGGCGGUGGGUCUGAUGUUGAGGAUUUGUCGGAUCCGCCGUCUGACUUUGAUGAUGGUUUUGAUUCCGAUGAGUCACUGCCGAAACCUCAUACUCUUGUUAAAGCUUCUGAGGUCGAUAUGGAGAAACAAGAACAGUCCAUUCGUGACGGCACUUUACGUGCUAAGAUGGCUGGGAAGGGGAAGAAGGGUGCGAAAGAGAAGGAAGGCGAUCCUAAAAGUCAGAAAGAUAAGAUGCAUCAGUCUUUGGCUCAGUACUCGCACAUUGACCCAACUCUCCUUGCAGCCGAGUCCGAUUCUAUUGCCGGGGUUGAGGCCGAAGAUGAGGAGCUUGAGGCUACCAUUGAUGACGAUGUGCUGGUUUCUAUGCUGAAGGAUGAGUGUAACUUGAUUGGAUAUGUUUUCAAGAAGACGAACGGGGCGGAAAUCAGGAGUUAG